AUGGAAGGAAAGUCAAUGCCCAUUCAAAAGUCAGUGUUUACUCAGGUAUUCCAAGUCCUAAAGUAUGCUGCCAUCAACCUGGGAUUACCAUUCCUAAAUGGCAUAAUGCUGGGAUUCGGUGAAAUAUUUGCCCAUGCGUUUAUUCAUUCUUUGGGAUGGGCUCCUGGUCACACUCGCAUUUACUCUAUUCAACGACAGCACGCCGGUAUGGAGGUCUUUGAUUGUACGAAAAACAUAGAACUGGUUUUCGAACCUGCUGAUGAUAAAAAUGCUCCUCCUUUGGUAAAUGAAUUGGUGGUUAAAUUAUAG